UGAGGCAAUUAACAUUCCAACACCGGUUGAUUAGAAAAAAACUGUGGAGCGGCCAUUUCAAGGUGAAGUAGGUGGUGGUGAACUCGAGACUCAAUGGACUACAGUUGAUGGGUAUCUCGCACACAGGCGACAACUGCUUGUAUUUCUGAACAGGUUUGUUUCGAGACAGCAUGAAGAGGAACUUUCGGAAUUGAUUUUCGCCCUUUAAGGAAUUGUUCAAAGAACGCUUGCAUUUGGACAUUUUUCUUGCCACCCUCAAGUGUUCAGGGCAGGCGGUUCAGAAACUAUUUUAUAUCUUGCGUAAUGCGUAUAUAGACUGCAAGUGUGUCAUUGAAUAUAGCCAAGUGCAUGAACCACUUUGUCUGAGAUUCAAAUCAAGGAGAAUGUCGGAGCGAUCUCAGAGCCCUAUUUCGGAUUGCAACAGCCGGCCUGAUGACUUCAGCCGGCCAAUGUACGCCCAGGCCUUGAGUCAAGAGGGGUUUGGAGGCACUUCGCUCCAGAUCCCUCACGGUGUUCUACAGCACCAUAGUCUUCUAUUCAACAAGACUGCAUACAACGGGAUGCCUCCAACAACACCUCAAACCUUUUUCCAAUUCCCACCAGUCGGUGGUGACUAUAGGGCCUCCGAUUUACAAGCCGGUGACUUUUGCCAACCCAAACAUUGGUAUCCCAUCGCCGCUCCCGAGUACACCGGCCAGGUACCGAGGGCUGCAGUGACUACGCAGGCCACACACCUGAGCCCACCCAUUGCCGAAGCCAGGGAACUAAUGAAGAUGCCUGAGAUAAAGAUUGAGAAGGAUGUCAAUGACGAGUACGAGGCAAAGAUUCAACAGUAUCCAACUCCGUCGUCCGCUGUGGCUCACGGGGUUUACUACUCGACCCCAUGGAACCCAUCGUUUUGGCCCGGCCUUCCCCACAUCACUGCUGCAAGUUCCAAUACUCAAAACCUUAACGCCAUACCCUCAACAUCGUCUUCAACAUCCCCAUCGCUCUCGCCGUCACCCCCCAGUAAUGGGGUACCCGGGAUCACGUUCAACGGGAGCGCAAGCCAAGGUGCCCAAGCGCAAACCUCUACCCGAAGCAAUGGAUCCUCCAGCGGUGGGUGCAGCGACUCCGAGGAAGAGGAGAACCCUUCAACUGAGGAGCUGGAACUGUUCGCCAAGGAGCUGAAGCACACGCGUAUAACCCUGGGUUUCACACAAGCAGAUGUAGGCAUGGCUCUAGGCAACCUUUAUGGAAAGAUGUUCAGCCAGACGACAAUCUGUCGUUUCGAAGCCCUCCAGCUCAGCUUUAAGAAUAUGUGCAAGCUGAAGCCCCUGCUCCGGAGAUGGCUGAAUGAGGCUGAGACCUCUGACAACCCCCAGGAUAUGUACAAGAUAGAGCGGGUGUUUGUGGACACCAGGAAGAGGAAGCGGAGGACCAGUCUGGAGGGUUCGGUGCGCACGGCUCUGGAGUCCUACUUUGUCAAGUGCCCCAAGCCAAACACCCAGGAGAUCACACACAUUGCAGAUGACCUGUGUCUGGAGAGAGACGUGGUGCGUGUGUGGUUCUGUAACCGCAGACAGAAGGGAAAGCGCCUGGCCCUCCCUUUCGAUGAGGAGUGUGAAGGACAGUACUACGAGCAGAGCCCACCUCCGCCACACAUGACCCACUCCCCCCUCCCAGGGCAGGGGUACCACCUAUCCAGCCACCCCGGGCCCCCCACCUUCUAUAUGCCCCCCCUCCAGAGGCCAGAUGUCUUUAAGCAGGCCCUGCACCCUGGACUGGUGGGUCACCUGACCAGCUAAAUGUGUUCCAGUUCUCCAAACCAGCCCUGGCCGUGUGGCCACCUCUUCCCUUCCCCACCCAACAUGGCUAUUGGCUACCUCUUCAGUCCUCCAGUCCCUCCCAACCCAGGAUGUUGUCCUCCAUAUCCAUUCCCUCGAACAUGGGGAGGAAAAGUGAAUUGAGGCUUGUAGGCGAAUACAGUAAAUAAAUAGAUAAAAGCUGCAACUUCCUGGUCUAUUUGAAAGGCUGGGGAAUCUUGAGACUGCCUUUGUCGGUCUCUGACCCACAUGCUCUUUGAGUGUUCAUCGGUUUAGGGCCUUACCUCCCACCCAGUUCAGCUACAAGUCAUCUGCACAGCACUGAACCAAUAAAGCUCCAUCCUGUACCAUGACUCUAAAUUCUGGGGGUACUUUUUGGGGGGUGGGAAAUUGGCUCUGAAUAUCUGCUGUGCGAUUAUGCUUUUGCACAAAGUUGCGGUUUUGAGUCUGACUUUUUUUUUGAUAUUUUAAAAAUGUGUUUUAUUUCUUUUAUCUUGAAUGUCCUUGUGCUGUCUUAUUGUUGCAGUUCCUCCAGCGGUUAUCUAUUUUAUCUAUCAGGUGACUUUUAUCUACAAUUUCUUUAAAUAUUCUCUGCAGUCUUGUCCAGAAGGUACACUCUCAUAGUGGAAGUAUGAUACAAAUGUUUUUUUUGAGUUGUCUUAACAAAUUCUGAUGUUUUGUUACCCAUGGGUGUCUUUUUUGUCUGUAUUGCAUAUGUUGAUUAACUGUUUUUAAUUGAUUUUAAUCUAAUGGUAGUCAUUGCGGUAAGGGGACAAAGUGCAGAAUGUCUGAUUAGGGCAUUGAGUAUUGCCCCCUCAACCAGUCUCUCUCACAUCUAUCCCAAUUUACCAAAAUCAUACUUCUGUUAACAUGAUCAUCAUGGACCUGUAUUGUUAAUGGUUGUCACUGUUACAGCGCUGACUACGUCACCACUCUUAUAAUAGAUUUGUUUUGAUCGAGUCUUUCUAAAAUGGCUAUCCCGUGCAGUCAAUCCCAUGCCUUAUUGUGUAGUUGAAGUCAUUUCAUCUUGUAUGUGACUCCAAAUCUCUUGACUAGAUGUUUUUACACAAUCCCAUGUUUAUAAAUGAAAGCAUAUUUGAUAAUUUAUUGAAACUGCCUAUUUCUCUGGGGCAACCUAAAGAUGUUACUUGUAACUUUCGCUCCACACAAUUAAAUCUACUUUAUUUUCCAUGCCAA